UCAACUGUAAACAACAAUAUACUUAGCAAAAAAUGAAUAUUCUCAUCAAAGUUCUCGUCUUCUUCUUUAUCCUGCUCUCCUCUUCGUACCUCUCGUCAAGCUCACAACAAGAGCCAUGCGUGAAAUCGGUUUGCGCUAUCCGCGAGCCGGAAAUCCGAUUCCCGUUCCGGAUAAGUAACCGCCAAUCCAAGCUAUGCGGCUAUCCGGGUUUUGACGUAUCCUGCGGCAAGAAGAACCAAACACUCCUCAACCUCCCUUAUUCCGGACAAUUCACCGUCCAAGGAAUAGACUACGCCUCGCAAGAGAUGUGGAUAAACGACCCAAACAACUGCCUUGCCAAGCGAAUCCUCUCCCUCAACCUCUCCGGUUCGCCUUUCUACGGUGGUUACAACCAGGAUUUCGCUUUCUUUAACUGCUCCUCGGAUUUCUCGAGCUACGGUUCGUUGAACUCGAUUGGCUGCCUCAGUGGGCCCACGUUCUGGGUGUUUGCUACGGCGUCGUUGAGGGUGACGGAGUUUCUGUCACCGAGGUGUCAAUUGAUCGGGACCUUUCCGGUCCCGGUUGACUGGCCGAAUUACGAGGAAGUGUUGUCGUCGGAGCUCAGUGACCAUCUACGUCUCGCAUGGGAUGUUCCCGCGUGCGGAAGAUGCGAGUCCCGAGGUGGCCGUUGUGGGUUUAAGGCCAAUUCUACUAAAGAAGUUGUCUGCUCAAAUGUUCCUGAAACCGGAAUUCCUAGGACUGCCCGGUAUGCAGUAGCCGUAGGAGUUGGUGUGCCGGUGAUCUUGUGCUUUGUGGGGCUACUAUGUUUCAUCUGUGGGAGGGUCAAGACCUUUGCUUUAAGAAAUGGGCCUAUUGCGGAGUUCAACUCCACGGUGGCCCCGCAGCCCACAAUUGUUAUGGGCCUUGAUGGGCCGACACUUGAGUCGUACCCAAAGAUAGUGCUUGGUGAAAGUCGACGGCUGCCCAAGCCCGAUGACAAAACGUGCCCAAUAUGCUUGUCCGAGUACCGGCCCAAGGAGAUUCUUAAGACCAUACCGGAAUGCCAACAUUGCUUCCAUUCUGAUUGCAUUGAUGAAUGGCUCAGAUUAAACGCUUCGUGCCCAAUUUGCAGGAAAUCCCCUGAGCGGGCAACACCUGAAAAUGUUUGAAUUUUGAUGAUAAAAUAGUUUUUUUUUUUUUGUUUUUUUG